CAGCACCAAGCAAAGCUAGUCUCUGUGUGUUCCUUUCAUAAAUAUAGGCACAUCUAGCCCAAAUCUACCCCUUCAAUCUACAAAUUAAUAUCAAAAUAUGGAUUUAGAUACUGACGUUCCAAUGGAAGACGUUUCCGAAGAACAAUUGACUCAAUCCUUCGACGAAGGAUCUAGUGGUGGUGCCACCAGUACCGCGGCCACCACAGCAGCUCCAACAACCACGGGCAGUGGCUCUGCCUCUGGCGAUGCAUCCAGUGGUGCGGGCACUGGUCUUACUACAUCAUCCAUCAAUCAACUUGAUGGUUGGAUUGAAAAACUCUCUAAAUGUGAACCACUUUCAGAAGAAGAUGUGAAAAAACUCUGUGAUCUUGCCAUCGAUGUACUUCAAUUUGAAGAAAAUGUACAAGCAGUCCAAGUACCCGUCACCAUUUGUGGUGAUGUACAUGGUCAAUUCCAUGAUCUUAUGGAACUUUUCAAAAUCGGAGGACCUUGUCCUGAUACAAAUUAUCUUUUCAUGGGAGAUUAUGUCGAUCGUGGUUAUUUCUCAGUGGAAACAGUCCUGUUCCUCGUAUGCAUGAAGGUGCGCUACCCAAAACGUAUUACUAUUCUUCGUGGUAAUCACGAGUCACGUCAAAUCACUCAAGUGUAUGGAUUCUAUGAUGAGUGUCUCCGUAAAUAUGGUUCUGCCACCGUAUGGAAAUUAUUCACAGAUUUAUUUGAUUACUUCCCCAUCACUGCCUUGGUUGAUAACAAGGUCUUCUGUCUUCAUGGUGGUCUUUCCCCUAUGAUUGAAACCAUUGACCAAGUACGUGAAUUGAACCGUAUCCAAGAAGUGCCGCAUGAAGGUCCAAUGUGUGACCUUUUGUGGUCCGAUCCAGACGACCGUGGUGGAUGGGGGAUCUCGCCAAGAGGUGCAGGUUUCACUUUUGGGCAGGAUAUCUCGGAACAAUUCAACCACACCAAUGACUUGAGUUUAAUUGCUCGUGCCCAUCAAUUGGUUAUGGAAGGUUAUCUGUGGACACAUCAAGAAUCUGUGGUGACUAUUUUCCUGGCUCCAAACUAUUGUUACCGUUGUGGUAACCAAGCUGCAAUCAUGGAGGUUGAUGAACAACAUAACCGCCAAUUCUUGCAAUAUGACCCGUCUGUAAGGCCGGGCGAACCAACCGUUACGAGAAAGACUCCUGAUUAUUUCUUAUAGUCUGGAGGGAACGCAUAUAUUGUUUUUUAGUUUGUAUAGUCGUUUUGUCUCGUUGUAUAAUUCACGUUUAAAGAGAUA